UCAAUUGAGAAGUACUGAGAUAAGUAAUUAUGGCUCGUUCGAAGAUGUCAAUACCUUUAUUGGAAGCUUAAUGAACACAGCAUCAAGAGCGUUUAAAAGAGGUGUUAUUGAAUGUGAAGAUCGCUCUCUUGAUGAGCCAUGCGCUGAAGAAUUAGCGAAGAAAAGGUCAGGUCGUGGUUAUUUCUCUCCUGAAAGCUCACCGAAAGCUGCCUUGAGGAUGCUGUAUGACGUUAUCAUUGAGCCGAUUGGUGAUCUGAUCAAUGGCGAUGAAAUUAUCUUUGUUCCCGAGAGUUCAUUGUGGUCUGUCCCUUUUGCUGCAUUGAUGGAUCCCGAGUCAAAUUAUUUGUGUGACUCUUUCCGAGUUCGAAUGACUCCAUCCCUAACUACUUUGAAGUUGAUAAACGAUUACCCAGACGACUUCCACAAUAAGAAAAGUGCUUUACUUGUGGGUGAUCCAUGUUUAGAGGGGGUUCUUUACGAGGGGAGGAAGUUCGAUCCACUGCCAUGUGCGAGAGAAGAAGUUGAGAUACUCGGGAGAAUCCUUGGCGCUGAUCCUCUUAUUGGUGAAGAAGCAAGAAAAGAUGAAGUGUUGAGGCGACUUCCCUCUGUUGCCUUGGUGCACUUUGCUGCACAUGGCCGAAUGGAAACAGGCGAAAUUGCCUUGGCGCCACGAAGUACCUGCUCAUCACUGCUCUUUGUUGAGGAGGAUUUUAUUCUAACAAUGAAAGAUGUGCUGGAUGUUCGGAUGCGAGCGAGGCUGGUUGUGUUAAGUUGUUGUCACAGUGGUCGUGGAGAGAUUAAGGCUGAGGGAGUUGUUGGAAUUGCAAGAGCGUUUUUAGGUGCCGGCGCUCGCUCUGUUCUCGUGUCGCUGUGGGCAAUUGAUGACAAGGCUACUCUCGUGUUUAUGAAACAUUUCUAUGAAGAACUGGUUACUGGCAAGCUUGCAAGUGAAGCUCUUAACCAAGCUAUGAAGAACAUGAAAGAGUCUGAAGAGUUCAGCGAUGUGAAGUACUGGGCACCCUUUGUACUCAUUGGGGAUGACGUCACUCUGGAAUGAAUUUGAAGAUAGGAGUUUGGGAUAUUGUCAGAUGGAG